UUCUCUCCUCAGCACACUCUCCCAGUUUCUUUUGCGCUGUAUCUGUCCGCAACCUCUCUUUUUUUUUUUUUUUUUUUUCUCUUCUCCAUAUAUUUAUAAACCCUAGAAGUAGUAGAAAGGGGGAAUUGAUUAAAUAUCCCUUUCGUUAUCUUUCUAGGGUUUAUAUUAUCCUUAGUUGUAAUGGAUCAUCAGAACCUUGCUGUUAUUCUUCGUGCUGCUUUGAGUCCUAAUCCUGAUGAGCGUAAAGCUGCUGAACUCAGUCUCAAUCAGUUUCAGCAUACCCCGCAGCAUCUUGUGAGAUUGCUGCAAAUCAUAGUAGAUGGGUCUUGCGACAUGGCAGUCCGACAGGUGGCUAGCAUUCAUUUUAAGAACUUCGUUGCAAAGAACUGGUGCCCUCAUGAUCCUGCUGAGCAAUCAAAAAUUAUGCCAAGUGACAAGGAAUUGGUGAGGCAAAAUAUUCUCAUAUUUAUUGCGCAAGUUCCUUCAUUGCUGAGGGUACAGUUGGGGGAAUGCCUUAAGACAAUGAUACAUGCAGACUACCCGGAGCAGUGGCCAACACUUCUGCCCUGGGUAAAGCAUAAUCUGCAGGAUCAGCAAGUUUAUGGUGCUUUGUUUGUUCUGAGAAUUCUCUCUAGGAAAUAUGAAUUCAAAUCAGACGAGGAGAGAACACCUGUUUAUCACGUUGUUGAGGAAACUUUUCCGAGUCUUCUCAACAUAUUUAACAGACUUGUUCAGAUAACAAAUCCGUCAAUUGAAGUAGCAGACUUGAUCAAGCUUAUUUGCAAAAUAUUCUGGUCGUCCAUAUAUUUGGAGAUUCCGAAGCAGUUGUUUGAUCCAAGUGUGUUCAAUGCCUGGAUGGUUCUUUUCUUGAAUAUGUUGGAGAGGCCUGUCCCUGUGGAAGGCCAACCAACUGAUCCAGAGCUAAGGAAAUCAUGGGGAUGGUGGAAGGUGAAAAAGUGGACAGUCCAUAUAUUAAAUCGACUUUACACCCGGUUUGGAGAUUUAAAACUUCAAAACCCAGACAACAAAGCUUUUGCUCAAAUGUUUCAGAAGGGUUAUGCGGGGAAAAUUUUGGAGUGUCACCUUAAUCUAUUGAAUGUUAUACGUGCUGGUGGUUACUUGCCGGAUAGGGUGAUCAACCUCAUUUUGCAAUACCUGAGCAAUAGUAUCUCAAAGAGCAACAUGUAUAGCUUGUUGCAACCCAGACUUGAUGUUGUUCUUUUCGAGAUCAUCUUUCCGCUUAUGUGCUUCAGUGAUAAUGAUCAAAAGCUUUGGGAGGAGGAUCCUCAUGAAUAUGUGAGGAAGGGUUAUGAUAUAAUUGAGGAUUUAUAUAGUCCCAGAACUGCUGCAAUGGAUUUUGUGAGCGAGUUAGUAAGAAAGCGUGGUAAAGAGAACCUUCAAAAAUUUAUACUCUUCAUUGUUGAGAUUUUUAAGAGAUAUGAGGAGGCAGCCCCAGAAUACAAGCCCUAUAGGCAGAAAGAUGGCGCUCUUCUUGCAAUAGGAGCUCUAUGCGAUAAAUUGAAACAAACUGAACCAUACAAAUCAGAGCUUGAACGUAUGCUUGUGCAACAUGUUUUCCCUGAAUUUAGCAGUCCUGUGGGUCAUCUUCGAGCCAAGGCAGCAUGGGUUGCAGGACAGUAUGCCCAUGUUAACUUUUCAGAUCCAAACAACUUCCGCAAGGCAUUACACAGUGUUGUGACUGGAAUGCGUGAUCCUGACCUACCUGUUCGCGUUGAUUCUGUUUUCGCUUUACGUUCAUUUGUUGAAGCCUGUAGAGAUUUGAAUGAAAUCCGGCCCAUUCUUCCGCAAUUACUUGAUGAAUUUUUCAAACUUAUGAAUGAAGUCGAGAAUGAAGAUCUUGUGUUUACGCUUGAGACUAUCGUGGACAAGUUUGGUGAGGAGAUGGCUCCUUAUGCUCUUGGGUUAUGCCAGAAUUUGGCUGCUGCAUUUUGGAAAUGCAUUAACAUGGCUGAAGCAGAGGAAGAAGCCGAUGAUCCUGGAGCUCUUGCUGCUGUUGGCUGUUUACGAGCCAUAAGCACAAUACUUGAGUCAGUGAGCCGGCUUCCACACCUUUUCAUUCACAUUGAGCCAACACUCCUGCCAAUAAUGCGUAGGAUGUUGACUACGGAUGGACAAGAGGUCUUUGAAGAGGUUUUGGAGAUAGUUUCAUAUAUGACUUUUUUUUCGCCAACAAUAUCCAUGGAAAUGUGGAGUCUUUGGCCAUUGAUGAUGGAGGCGCUAGCAGACUGGGCUAUUGACUUCUUUCCAAAUAUACUGGUUCCUUUAGACAACUAUAUAUCCAGGAGUACUGCCCACUUCCUCACUUGCAAGGAUCCAGACUAUCAACAAAGCCUUUGGAAUAUGAUAUCAUCUGUCAUGGGAGAUAAAAAUUUGGAGGAUAGUGACAUUGAGCCCGCACCUAAGCUUAUUCAAGUUGUAUUCCAGCAUUGUAAGGGACAGGUGGAUCACUGGGUUGAGCCGUAUAUCAGAAUCACAAUUGAACGUCUCCGUCGAGCUGAUAAACCAUAUCUGAAGUGCCUCUUGGUCCAAGUGAUAGCUGAUGCUCUUUACUACAAUGCGCCUCUGACAUUGAACAUACUUCAAAAGCUUGGCAUUGCUACAGAGGUGUUUAAUCUCUGGUUCCAGAUGUUGGGACAAACAAAAAAGAGCGGAGCACGGGUUAACUUUAAAAGGGAACAUGACAAAAAGGUUUGCUGCUUGGGCUUGACAUCUUUGCUUCCUCUUCCUGUGGAUCAAUUGCCAGGGGAGGCCUUAGAGCGUGUUUUCAAAGCAACUCUAGAUCUGCUUGUUGCCUACAAGGAUCAAGUAGCAGAAGCGGCUAAGGAGGACGAGGCAGAAGAUGAUGAUGAUAUGAAUGGAUUGCAAUCUGAUGAGGAUGAUGACGAAGAGGGGUCUGACAAAGAAAUGGGGGAUGAUGCUGAGGAAGGGGAUGAGGCUGAAAGCAUUAGGCUUCAAAAAUUGGCUGCACAGGCAAAGGCUUUUCGUUCACAUGACGAGGACGAUGAUGAUGACUCCGAUGAUGAUUUCAGCGAUGAUGAUGAAGAGUUGCAGUCACCCCUUGAUGAUGUGGACCCCUUCAUUUUCUUUGUGGAAACAAUCAAAGCUAUGCAAGCAUCUGAUCCAUUGAGGUUCCAGAGCCUUACCCAGACUUUGGACUUUCGUUAUCAAGCAUUGGCAAAUGGUGUUGCUCAGCAUGCUGAGCAGAGAAGAGUGGAGAUAGAGAAGGAAAAAGUGGAGAAGGCAUCAGCAACAGUUGCAUCAUGAUUUUGGUCAGCCAGUUUGCUUUUGGCCAAAACUCAAUUUGCUCUGAGUUCUCCGUGUAUCCUUUCAUUCAAUAAUAUGAUUUGAGAAAGAAUUGAGUAAGUUGCUAAGUUUAAAGGUUUUGAGGGGUCCGCUGGUUCUGGAAACGUGCAAGUCUUGAUGAGUAAUCACAUCCAAACAUGUACCUUGGUUACGAGGGGCAGAAGUUGAAGUUGCACUAGGCCUGCUCCCUUCUCUUGCUAUGUGGUCUUGAUGAGUCUCCGUGAAGUGGGCUAAUUCUAUGUCAGAAGAUGCCUCUUCGCUGGAUGUCAUUGCUUUUUUUUUUUCCCCGAGUGUCUUGUAGUUCAUACGGAUGAAAACGUUAGGAUUAUUCAUUGGUGGCCUUUCUAUUUGGUUUAGGAAGGCGUGGGGGUUGGGGGUAAAUGCAGACAGCAUUUAUCAUGUAUUAUAUUUAUUCGGUUACCAGAUGAUGCAUAUACUGUUUGAAUUUGGGUGAAUUAAUGCCCUAAAAGUUUUGUAAGUCAUGGUUGUAGUUUAUGUUCAGUAUUUAUACACCAUUGGUUUAUUUUUGGGUUGGAAGGUGUUUCGCAUUGCAAGUGGUCACACAAUUAGCUUUGCUGCUGAUUGUAAAACAUUUAGUAUUCCUUGAUCUGUAUUCAUGGGGAAUAUCAUAAUUUCAUUUGUUCUUUUUUCUAAA